GUGAGGGGGAUGAAAGAGGAGCAAGAAGGAAAUGGAGGGAGAAUGGCAAAGAGAGAGAAUAGAAGGGAGGUUGGGCAGUGGUAGGCACAAGCCCUUUGCCUAGUGAAGUGUGAUAAAUUACUUGCACAAUUUAUGUCCAGGAACCUCCAGGCUUUUAAAAAAUAAUAAGUUGGAGGAGUUCUGCCCUGUUCUUUUCUCGAGACCUUUCCCUGAAGAAAUCGGGAGAGCUGACCAAGACCUCUACCCCUCCCAUCCCACUAGGAAGGGCUUGGCCAGUGGUGGGGGGCGAGGGAGGGGUAAGGAUGAGAGCAUUAAUGGGGGAAGGUUGGGGAGAAUAGAGGAAAGAGGGAGGGAGUCAUGGGAGAAAAGACGCUUAAGGAGAGAAGGGGACCGGGUGAUGGAGAUUAAGGGGAAGAUCUUGGAAAAGGGGCUGGGGGUGGCAGGGCAAGGGGACUGGGCCGGGGCGGGUGUUGGGGUGAGGGGGGAGUUGAGGCGGGGCUGCGGGAGGCUGGGAGGUUAGGGAGCUGCAGUGUGACCGGCGGGAGCCGAGGAGGGGCGGGAGAAGCAAGAGAAGGAGCAGGGGCCCUCGGGUCCCGGGGGAUGAGGCUCGCUGGGCUCCCGUCCCGUAUUCGGGCAGCACCGCCCCGAGCCCUGAGCCCCAAGCCCUAAGCUUCUCUGGCCCCAAGCCCCGAAUGGCCGCAGCCCCGGAGCUCGCCUUGGACGUGAUGAAGCAGAUCUGUCUCUGCGCCACCGCCUCCUUCUCGAGCCAGGACUGGGGAAGGAGUGACGAGAAGCUGAUGCAGGCUGUGGAGAGUAAUGACGCCACUCGAGUCUCUGCCCUGAUUGCCCGAAAAGGGCUGGUUCCUACCAAGUUGGAUCCGGAGGGCAAGUCCUCGUUCCACUUGGCUGCUAUGCGAGGGGCAUCUGCCUGCCUGGAGGUGAUGUUGGCCCACGGUGCCAAUGCCAUGAGCACCGACGGUUCAGGUUACAACGCCCUCCAUCUGGCAGCAAAGUAUGGACACCCUCAGUGUUUGAAACAACUGCUGCAGGCAUCCUGUGUGGUGGACACUGCGGACAGCAGCGGCUGGACUGCGCUCCAUCACGCAGCGGCUGGUGGCUGCCUGGCCUGCUCUGAAUUGCUUUGCUCCUUCAAAGCCCAUCUGAACCCCCGGGACCGGUCAGGCGCAACCCCCCUCAUCCUGGCAGCUCAGAUGUGCCACCCAGAGCUGUGCCGGCUCCUCCUGCAGCGCGGGGCUUCUGUGAAUGACCGGGACCAACAGGGUAGGACAGCUCUGAUGUUGGCAUGUGAGGCAGCCAGCCCAGAGACAGUGGAAGUGCUGCUCCAAGGAGGUGCUCGGCCUGGGCUCACGGAUGCCUUGGGCCAGGAUGCUGCACAUUAUGGAGCCGUAUCAGGGGAUGCCCUGAUCCUGCACCUCCUACAGGAAGCCAUACAAAACCAGGUUCUGACCAGUGAAGAGGAGUCAGCAGAAGUGUCUUCGCAGACAUCUCAGUCCAGUCGGGAAAGAGCAGCAGCCCCCAAGAAGAGGAAAGCUCCUCUCCCUCCUGCUAGCAUUCCUGUCCCGGAUGACAGGGAGGCUUAUGAGGAGAUUGUACGGCUAAGACAGGAGCGGGGUCAGCUUCUCCAGAAGAUCCGGGGUCUGGAACAGCGGAAAGAGAAGAGGAGGCAGGAGCACCAGGAAGCCGAAGACAGCUCUCUACAAAGCCUGGAGAGACAGGUGCAAGAGUUACAGCAACUGUUGGCUGAGAAACAGGAAGAGAAGGAAAGUCUGGGCCGUGAGGUGGAGAGUCUGCAGAGUCGCCUGUCCCUUCUGGAGAAUGACAAAGAGAACACCAGCUAUGAUGUGGCCACGUUGCAGGACGAAGAGGGAGACUUGCUGGACUACCCAGGUGGUAAACCCCUUCUAGGGGUCGAUGGGUUGCUGUCCAAGGGGCUGAGCCCUGCUGCCCAGGAAUUGCUAGCCUCUCUACAGGACCAAGUAGCAUCACUUACUAAACAAAACCAGGAAUUAAUGGAAAAGGUCCAGAUCCUGGAGAACUUUGAGAAAGACCAGAUGGACUUGGAGACCUCCGCAGACUUUGUUCCAGUCCUCCUCUAUGACACUCUGAAGGCAGAGCUUGAGCAGGUUCGAAGGCAGCACGAAGAAGCUCUCCAGGCUUUGCAGCAGAGGGGAGCUGAAGACUCGGCCCAGGGAGCCCUGGAAAAGGAGAAAGUCAAGAAGGAUGGGACCCAAGGGAAGGGGAAGGAGAAGGAGGCGGACAGGAAUGAAGUGGAAGCCCAAAAAGACAGGGGAAAGGAGGGAGUAAAGGAGGGAAAAAAGGAUGAGAUUGAAGUGAAGGAGACGGAAACAAAUGAGAAUGCAGUAAAUGGAAAAGAGGAGGAAAAGGAAGUGAAGAUGAAUGUGACAGAGAAUAACAACGUGGAGAAGGAAGCAUCAGCUGCGGCCACAGUAUCAGGUGAGGACCACGAUGGGGUGGCGGCCACAGACCACGAUGGGGUGGAGGCCAUGGACCACGAUGGGGUGGCAGCCACAGACCACGAUGGCGUGGCAGCCACGGACACCGACCCGGAAGAGCCCAAGAUUCCAGGGCCUUCUGCCCAUGAGAAGACCAAGGCCAGCCCAGCUGAGGCCUCGGAGCAGCUGCAGGAGGAGCUGGAAUCGCGAAUCCGGGCUCUGGAGGAGACCCUUCGGCAACGGGAGCGGGAGGCGGCUGCGGAGCUCGAGGCUGCCAGGGGCAAGUGCAAGGCCGCAGAGGCCGAGGCCGGUCGACUGCGAGAGCGGGUGCGGGAGGCGGAGGGUUCGGCCAGCGACGGGGGCAGCAGCGGCGGGGGAGGGAGCAGCGGAGGCAGCGAUUCAGCGCAGCUGAGGGCUGCUUUGGAGCAGGCCCGUGAAGACCUCAGGGACCGUGACGAGAGGCUCCGGAAGCUAGAAGCCCGGGCUGAGCAGGCCUCAGCCCUGGAGGCAGAGAGGGACCAGCUGCGGGCCGAGAUGGAGACGGCUCGAGGGGAGCAGCAGCGGCUGGAAACCGAGGCCCGAGAGCUGCGGGAGGCGCUGGAGCGCGGGGCCCGCGAGCAGCGGGAGGCGGAGGUGCAGCUGGAGAGCCUGCGGGAGCAGCUGGCCUCCACGUGCGUGCCCCGACGCCAGCACCUGGAGACCGUGGAGGAGCUGGGCCGGGCGCGGGAGGCGGCCGAGAGUCGGGCACACGAGCUGGAGAGCGUGUGCGAGGAGGCCCGGAGGGGCCUGGCCGAGCUGCGCGAGGCUUCCGAGGUGGCGGCCCGGGAACUCCGCGCCCGGGCGCAGGAGCUGGAGCAGGAACUCGUGGUCAAGGGCAAGGAGGCGGCGCGGCUGCAGGCCGAGCUGGAGCGUGAGCGGGCGGGCAGCGUGGCGCGGUCCGAGCACGAGCGCGUGGCGGGCGCCCUGCGCGCCGAGGCCGAGCAGCUGGCGGCGCGCCUGGACGAGCUGGGGCGGCGGCACGAGAAGACGAGCGCCGAGGUGUUCCAGGUGCAGCGCGAGGCGCUCUUCAUGAAGAGCGAGCGGCACGCGGCCGAAGCGCAGCUGGCCACCGCCGAGCAGCAGCUGCGCGGCCUCCGUGCCGAGGUAGAGCGCGCGCGCCAGGCCCAGGGCCGAGCGCAGGAGGCCAUGGACAAGGCCAAGGAGAAGGACAGGAAGAUCACAGAGCUGUCCAAAGAAGUCUUUAACCUCAAAGAGGCCCUCAAGGGUCAGCCUGUUGCUCCUUCUCCAGAGGUGGCCACCCUCCAGGGACAGGUGAAGACAUUGCAACAGCAGCUGGAGGACACACACAAAUGUCAUAACACAGUGGUGGCCUUGUAUCGGAGCCAUUUGCUUUAUGCCAUCCAGCCAGGACUGGCUUCAUGGUCUGACCCGGGGAGAGACCAUUUGGAUUGCUGGGGUAUCGGGGUCGUAAGAGAAGCCUCAGAGGAUCCCAAAAGCCAGGUGGAGCCUGUCAAUCCAGUAAUCAGAAGAUACUGCUAAGGGUCAGAUGGAUGAAGAUGUCCAGCGAAUCCUAAAUCAGAUCUUACAGAUGCAGCGGCUCCAGGCACAGGGCCGAUGAGAAGACUGGGGCCCGAGUCUCACCCUCCUUAUUCUGGCACUGCCCAGGGCACACCUUCUGGACCCUGGCAUCACUGCAGGGACACUCUUCAAACACAGCAUACCUUUUGGACCCUGACACUGCCCAAGGCACACCCAGUAGAACCUGGCACCAUCCCCAGGACAAUCUCCAAACCAGCAGUCUCUGGACUUGGGGGCCCCUUGCCUUUAUGGCUCAUCUCGCAAAUGCCCCAUUUCCCCAAGCUACCUGAACACACACACACACAAGGAGAUGGCAGCUUCCAGAGCCCCUAAAUCCUGUGACAGGCCUCCAGCCCACAGCCUCCCCAUCCUCAGGCACACCAAUAAACGUAUUUAUACUCACAAA